GCGAAAAUCUAUUCAAAGCGCUGAAAGCAAGACUUCAAUGUCUGAAUGCUAUACACCAGACAGGAUGAAACUGGACAAGAUGCUACUUCUUCCCCUCGUCAGCCUCCGUGGUGGCUCUCGGGUCGGCACUGAUUCUGACAUAUUCGACAUUUUCCUCGGUCUCGUUGAGCCUCGUGAUAUUUGACUCAAUCGCGCUGUCUUACCUAGUACUCGAAACUUCGCAUCCUUGAGAACAUUUUCGAACUUCUUUUCGUCAACGGCAUUUUUUCAACCAUUGAUUCAAAACGGACUUUGCUCAUAUUCUUCAUGUUGUCUCGUACUCGUACGCGUCUAUGUUGUCUCACGCAAAAAGACCUUCAAUCAAUAGUGAGCUAAUUGGCCAAAUGGUGCAGCCAAGGACGACUGAUUCGCUGUCUACUCGUCAUUCUCGGUGAGAUGCUCAACACGAGCGAAAAUUCCAGCAACUGAUAUACCACGUCGACGUGUUUGUGAGUGCUGUUACUCUUGUCAAGUGCUUCUAUUCCGCAAUACUAAUGUUGAUCAUCCAUGUCCACGUAACAACCAGUAGUUUUGAUGCUUGUAAUUUUGUAGAACAGGAGGUAGAGAAGGUGGAGCUCUCUAGAUCGAUGAUGAAGUUUUCUCUCGGCGAGUAGAAAGGUAUCGAAUGUGAAGACGAGCUUCAGUAACAAUAAGACGCGGCACUCAUGGCUAUUCCCAAUCGCUGAAAGCUGACACCAGCGCGAUCAUGACUCGCCAAGACGCGGGCGAGCUGUGGUCAGACGACCAGUCCCCCAAGCGCGCAGACAUGGGGAGCCGGGGCUUGAAUUGCAAGAGACGGCUAGAGCUAGAGGGAACCCUCAGUACCAUGAGUCCCGUUGCAGCUGCUCCUAGACCUUGGGAAAAUGAAGAGGAGCCGCUUCUCAACGAAGAGAAACUGCAGAACGAUAAAGGCUACACUCGACUUGUCAUGUACAACAGCGUUCUCUGCGAGUACCUAUCGAGACACGCUUUCGCUCCGUUCACUAGCUCCUCAACAUGCAGCCGUGAGCCGAAGCGGCACUGGGUCUACUAUCCCAGUCCAAAGCUGCAAUUCGUUUUUGUGGCCCUCCAAGCGGCAUUCAUGCUGUUCUUCUUUUUCUCCACACUCUUGGCGCUUGCAGCCGGAGGAAAAGACGGUACAUUAAUGUUGAAGUUUCUAGUUUUUCUAUUCCUUCGCAAUGAAUUUCAAGUUCGAUAUGGAUGUGGAAAUAUAUUCAACACCCACUCGCACUCACUACGAGGAAUAUAUUUUGAUCAUUCUUAAAAAGCACCAGGUGAUCACGAGCCGUAUUACGCGCAUGCGAUUUCCGUAGCAAUGGGCAGGUCUGCAUGUCUACUGAGAUUUAUGACCGCAAAAGCAGCUUGUCUCCUUUUCUUCUGCGCGUGGUACCGACAUCCGUUGUUUCCCGUGCGCCGCGAAAUUUCGAGUCCACCAGAAACCCCAGACCUUGCAGAUGAACACCAAGAUCAAUUACGCCGACUAGCAUUAGCUUCUGAAGACAGCGAGAAACUAGGAGAAACUCAAGCACUUGUACAACCUCAAACGGCGACGACCUACGGACACCUUUUGCAUGAAAAUAAGUUGAAUAGUAGAGGUUCUUCAUUUUUAGCGAGUUCUGGUUCUGAAGCUGACAGAGACGACUUUCUUCCUUUCGAGGACGAGUUAGAUAAGAUUGGUAGCCGGGAUGAACAAGAUGAAGAUGAAGUGGACCAAGAUCAUAAAAAUGCUAGAGUCACUGCUUCUCAACAAGGAGGACUUUACAUGGACGAAGAAACAGAACGAGGGAUCUGGCUGCAACAAGAAGAUCAAGAUGUAGUUCCAAGGACUCCUCGAGGACUCUACUCUAGUACAAGUACUGGCGCUAGAACUAAAAAUCAUCCAAAUCAACCAAAGCGGCACCACAUGGAGCAGGAGCAGAUGAAAUUAUCAUUUUUCUCUAACCUGGACACGGCAAUGCCAAUAAAAGAUUUGUGGCUGGACUUCGAGGCUCGAACAAACGAACCGCUAUUGUAUAGCUCCCGGCUCUGUCUCCCGAACCUGAUUCUUGUCCAAACGGCAUUGAUCGGAAGCAUCUGCCUCGUGCUGUCGUCCUGGGAUGUCAUUACCCCGACUUUUUUCCUCAUUUUCUACACCGUCGUCCUCGCAAUCUCAGGCUUGUUGGGAGCUGUGGACAUGUGGAGGUACUGCUAGAUAUAUUUAUUUAAGGCGCAUGAUGGAUGGCAUGGAUCGACAUGCCUGGCAUACCUUGCAUGAGUCGAAGGGGGUCACGUUAGACUUUCUUAAGGAAGCUAAACGAGCACGAAGACUGGCGGCGCGACCUAAACGGUCUUGCGCGUUGUUCUCUGCUGUUGUUCUGGAGGCUUGGUCGCGUUUGUUUGUAAUGGGUUGCUUGUUGCAUUCGUCUAGGCAACACCCGCCUACGUUAGCCACCCCCCCUCGCUCCUCAGUGCGGCUGGAGCACGCAGAGCGCCUGGAGCCUGUCCGCGCUUUCUUUCACUUCGAUUAAACGUCGGGCCUUUGGGCUUAUCUUGAGCAGUAUAUAUAGAUGCUUCAGACUUGAGAAACAAUCAUCCUCCUUGUGCGUCCGUGAUCUUCUUCGUGAUGUCUUGAAAUCCUGGUGUCAGUGUGCGUGUCUAGUAUUGCUUGAAUGCCUCUACAAGAACUGAUCCGCUUCGUACUCUUCUUCUCCAUCUUCAUCGCCAGGAGUCAUUGAGUGUAACAAUCAAUCUCAGGUUGUUUCGCAGUGCUCCAGAAGAGUUCAAGUUUGAGAAGUGCCCCUUGAUAAAGCCUGCAAGUAUCCAGGAAGCAGAAGCUCGCGAGUUUGCACUGGUCGUAAAGGUCUACGCCGCUGGUGAAUCGAAAUGUCGCUCUGCUGUGGAUUCCGUGUACGAGGUGCUGGUGAGCGGGACCAAGAACUUUCAGCACAUCAUGACGCGUCCAGAAUCACCUACUGCUUCGAUCUUCAAUUUUGGACGUGAGGACGCUGGAAGUGACGCGAUAUCGAGAAGGCAAAGCGGUAGCCAACGCCGUGCACGCUCGUCAGGUAGAAUUCACAAUACUAGCAGCACAGAUGUGAGGCCGAUUAUAGCCGCGGGGACUUCGCAGUCUGCGGCGGACGGUAGGGGUGAGGAACAGAGUCACUCAAAUGCACUAGCGAGAACACCUUCGACGGGAAGUGACUUUUCUGCGUGGAUGCAAAGUUCCCUCAUCUGGAGAUUAUUUUUUCCUGUUCAAGACGAUCAAGUGGCAACCCAAGCAGAAGCGGAAGAUGAGGGACUGCGAUACAGGCAUAAAAGAGCAUCACUCACGGGGAGAGCGAGUAUGAGGAGCAACCAUGUCGAAAGUCUUCUUUCUGAGGGAGAUCCCAUCGGUACUUGCUCUGGCGAGGGCAAACCUAUUCUCUGGGAGAUCGAGUACUCCUCGGGUGGUGACUCCGAAGCCUAUUAUAAUCAAGAGAACAAGAACCCUUCAUCUUCAAUUUAUAGAAGCUGCCAAUCUCAAAACCAGGAAACAAAAUCUGAUACGAAACCAGACCCAUCAACAUUCGUAGAUGGAGAGACGGCUGAUGCAUCUCAAGAGACGCAUAGAGGUCAACAAGAAGCGCAAAUCGACGACGGUCUGAACACUACGAAAGAGGAUCUUGCCCGUACCGUAGACAUCGAGAAUGAACAUCUUGAAGAGCAUGUCGACUUAGAAAGCGGACAACUGUUUGUGAACCAUGACGCCAUUUCUGUAUUAACACCGGUUCAACUUCUAAGUAAGCCAGGGGUCGAACAAGAUACUAUCACAACUUCAGGCAGUACGGCUACACCCCGAUCAUCAGCAUCCUUGUUUAGUGAUCACGUCGCUUUAACAAACAAGGUAGUGAUUUCGUCAAUCGGUGCACCGCAGGCCGACGAACAAGUACCAAGUAGUGGCACCGCGACAGUCAUUGCCACAUCCUCAUCCGGCGACGAAGAUGCAGAACCAGAUAAGACAACGCAGCAGGGCGUCCUGAAAAAUACUACUCACUUAUGCGAGGCGCCUGAGGUGAAAACUGUCAGGAAGGUGGCAUCGUCUUCCCAAGGGCAUCAAACAGUGCAGCACUUCGGACUGGCUGAUGGAACAACUACGAGCGAAAAUGUGUCCGCGCAGACGAGCAAGGAAAGCACGGGGCCUUUCAGCUCCACUGCGAUUGCACUCGCGAAUGCGCAUGCGGGGCAUGAUAAACCGACUUCAUUAACAUCAUCUUCGAAAGCAACAACUGCAAGCGCGAAAACAGGAAAGAUGAGUGACAAGCUAGUGGCCUCUUCAUCUUCUACAACAGCCGCUUCCCAAGGUUCGAGCAAAAAAAGUGAAGUCAGCAAACCCAAACGCGACGAGGAAUACUACAAGGAUGGGCCUCGGGAUAUGGUAGAAGUGUCGCUGUAUCGUAGACCUGCAUUUCGACGUAAGUGGACACGCGAGGUCCGCAGGUUCAUGUACCACCUGGAGGUUGGCUUCGUAAUGUCCUGGUGCCUUUGCGGAACGCUUCUGGUUUCGAUGGUACUAUUUCUGGCACAUGCCUCUCAUCCGUUCGACAUUGCGAAGGAGUCCACUGCGAACACGGUGUACGCGACCCAAUGGAUAUCACUCGCUUGCAUUUGUCUUUGGCCUGCACUUCACCUCACACCACUGGCGCUCCUGUGUGGAUAGCCUUCUUGUUUCUCCUUUUGUUGAUCCGUCUUCGAGGUGCAUCGAGGAUCCCUUCGUUGCUCAUUAGAAAUCCAGAUGACAAGGACGAAAGAAAGACUAGCAUCACUGAGUCAUCUUCAAGCUUGUCGUGUAAUCAUGUGAAUGUGCAUAGAAGACGAAUUAACUACUAGAGUAGAAUUAUUACGCGCAAUGUACUAGGUAGAGGUAGUUGUAGUCCUCGUAGGUACCUACUCACAAUCACAUUUGCUUUUACAUGCAGCGGAAACAGCUCAGUAGUAUCAGUAACAUUCCAAGAAUUCGAAUUAUACAAGAAGGGAGCUGUCUUCUUCUUCUUCUUACAAUCAUUUAUGAACAUGGUCAUGGAGCAACAUUAUUAUGGGCAGCUUGAGUAGGUGUGGUACGUUGUUCUUGAAAUGUCAUAAUAUUUAUCAGAGAGGUACAAGAAGUGGUAGUACCACUACACGUCUUCCAGUAAGCGGAUGGAGUGCAAGUAGAAGUAGUAUCUUCUCACAUGAAGAAGUUAGAAACAAGUUGUACAUCACCUGUUGCAGAAGUAGUUAACCCCUGAAAAAAAUGUUCCCACUACAAUAGGCACACUACUAUUGCAAGGCACUCAGACUCAACAUAUGAUCUGCUACUACGAAUAUACUUUCCCAAACGAAGGAAUGAAUUACAGCCCAAGCGCUUUGGUAGCCCCGCUGCGCUGCAUAGCCGUGAAUCAUCAAAAAAGUGCUCUUAUAAUUGGAAUCCCAUGGCCAUGCCACACUUCUGCACAAAAUCUUCUUUAAUAGGGAGGUGGUAUUAACCCUGUCUAUCAGAUUCAAGCAAUAAAUAAUCAACAGUUGACUUUGACUUUGAGCAGUAGGCAAAGUGUCCUAUUCCGUUGAUUCAGCGCCCUCGUCUUUUCAAUUGACGAAAUAACAAAUAGAAAUACGUAGCCAGGACCUAGUCAAAGUCAUCCGCAGCAUGCAUGAGUACUGCGCCUUCAGAAUGUUGUAUCACGCGAUUGACUCGUCUAACAGUAGUCUUGAAAAAUUGCACGAUCAUAUUUCUCCUGCAAGAACAAGAACCCUAAGACCUGUGGAUCUACGAUUAUUGAAAUGAUAUUACUUCGAUUUAUUUAUUUGUUGAUGUUGUUGUUGUACCCACGAGCUCCUCAAGGAACAUAUUUAUCUGAAAUAUCAAUGUGCGACUCCCGUCCCGAAGCAU